AUGAUUUGGAUCCAAUCAUUGUUGGCUGAAUUAUGCGUUCCUAUUUCACCGAAAGCUUUGAUCUGGUGUGACAGUUCUGCUGCGGUUGUUGUAGCAGGGAAUCCCGUUAUGCACUCCAAGUUCAAACAUGUGGAGUUGGAUGUUUUCUUUGUUAGAGAAAAGGUGGCAGCUGGUAUACUUCAGGUUGGGCAUGUUCCAGGGUCCUAUCAACUUGCAGAUAUCUUGACAAAGCCACUUUCAGCACCAAUGAGUUUAAGAGAAUUGUUAAAUGCACAGUUGCAAAGGCUUCUUGGGAUAUAUUGGAGAUUGCUCAUGAAGGAAUUAGAAACUAUUGGAGAGUACUAUGCAAAGUUAUGUGAUCUUUCAAAUCAAGCAUUUGCAUUAAGAGAAGAAUAUUCAAACACCAAGCUUGUUAGAAUGGUGUUGAGGUCUCUCCGUGAGAGAUUUUCUAUUAAGGUCAUUGUUAUUGAGGAGGCUAAAGAUCUUGAAAGUUUGGCAAUCAAUGAAUUUGUUGGCUCUUUGCAAACUUUCUAG